AUGAUAGUUUCAACGCAGACAAAAUCCAGAUUGGUAGUAUUCUUUGCUACUGGUCUACAAUAUGUCUUCUUUUUUUUAGGUUUAUUUUAUUUAUGGACUACAUGUAUAAAUGCAGGACCUUUGAAUUAUGAAGGUCCUUCCAGUCAGCCAGAAGCUUAUUUCAAUGGAUCCUCAUAUUUGAGACUUCAAAAUACAAUUUCAUUGAAAAGGCGAACCGCACUGAGCUUCAGAACAUGUUACGGUGGCGUUUUAUUUUCCCAACCACAAAAUGAAGAUUUAAUAGAACUUUCGGUGAACCCAGAAGGGAUCACUUUCCUUGCUAAGACUUCUGGAAAAAUAUUCGAACAUAAAGUUCUCGGAAGCUUUUUGAACAACAGGUGGCACGUUGUCUAUCUACAGUAUAAACUUGGCAAUUUGACUCUUGACGUAGAUGGAGAAACACAGUUGAUUGCAAAUGCAAGUUAUCGAAAUGAGUUACUGGUUAGCCCUGGUUUAUAUAAUGAUGGUGCUGCGGUCCUUCUCAUUGGAAAACAAUUCAAUGGAUGUCUUAUGGAAGGACCUUCAAUAGUUUUUGAACCCAGGUUUAUAACAUCUAAUCACAAUGUUGUUUUCGGACCCUGUCCUAUACCAUAUGAUAGCUGUGUUCCCAAAGAGAAAAUAAUAGGUUAUGACUAUUGUGUAACAGAACCCUGUAUGAGACAUGGUACUUGUCUCAGCGGACAGAAUACUUAUACAUGUGCCUGUCUGCCUCGAUACACUGGAAAAAACUGUGAAAUAGACUUAGGAAACCCAUGUGAUAGAAAACCGCCGUUAUGCAAAAACUCUGGAACUUGUGUGGCUGAUGCGGUAGGAGACUUCACUUGUGUUUGCACUCCCCAUUUCACUGGUUUACGCUGCGAACACGAAAUCAAAAUUCCUCCCAAGUGCAAAAAUAGUCCCUGUUUGAAUGGUGGAAUAUGUGAUGUUGAUGCAGAAACUCAAGAAGUUGUGUGUCAUUGUAAACCAGGAUACGAAGGUGAUAAUUGCCAAAUCAACAUAGACGAAUGCAAUCCGAAUCCGUGUUUAAAUGGAGGUUUGUGUGCUGACGGUUUCAAUAAUUUCACCUGUGACUGCAGCCAUACUGGAUACAAAGGAAACAUUUGCGAAAUUAACAUUAACGAAUGUGUUGUGAAUCCAUGUUCGAAUCAAGGGACUUGCUUUGAUAACUAUGGGUCUUACUGGUGCGACUGUUUGCCAGGGUUUGGAGGACAUAACUGUCAAAUUGUCGUAGAUGAAUGCAUAUCUCAACCAUGUUUCAACAAUGGCGUAUGUGUCAGUCGAGCUGGAACAUAUGAAUGCCACUGUCUCCCUGGCUUCUUAGGUGAUAAUUGCGAGGUGGAACAAGGGCAAAGACAAUGUGAUGCUAACACUUGCCCACCUUAUGCAAACUGUAGGGAAAUAGGAGGUGGCUUAUCCUGUGUCUGUAAACCUGAGUACCCUGGAGAAUAUCCAGAUUGUAAUAAUUCCAUUUGUACCAAUAAUCCGUGUUUGAAUGGCGGUAUUUGCAGUUUGUAUAAGGGCUACUUCAAUUGUACUUGUCCACCAGGGUUCGCAGGUCAACUGUGUGAAACAAAUAUCGACGAAUGUGCAUCAAGUCCUUGCCUGAAUGGAGGAAUUUGCUUCGACAGAAUAAAUGGUUUUUACUGUAAUUGUACGGAACAGUGGAUGGGCUUAACAUGCGACAGACCUUACGACAUAUGUGAACUGAAUCCUUGCAAAAACAACGCCACAUGCAUAUCCGCUCCUAAUAAAAAGUAUUUCACUUGUCACUGCUUAUCUGGAUUCGAAGGAGAGACUUGUGAGGUUAACAUUGACGACUGCUUGGGUAACAAGUGUCCACGAGGACAAGUAUGCGUUGAUUUGAUCAAUGAUUAUGAGUGCCGAUGCCCUCCUGGCUAUAUUGGAGAUGAUUGUAGUGUCGAAUUGGACCCCUGUGUGAGAGAGCCUUGCAUCAAUGGCACUUGUGUUGUGGAUAAGAUUACUCAUCGUUUCAGUUGCAAUUGCCAAGCGGGAUACACAGGCACCACAUGCAACAUAGAUAUUGAUGAAUGUACAGCUUCUGGAAACACCAUCUGCAACCAUGGUAUUUGCGUAAAUUCCGAUGGUAGCUUUCAAUGUUACUGUAAACCUGGUUUCACUGGAGAACGCUGCAAUCAAGACUUUGAUGAGUGUCUCUCAAUGCCCUGUAAAAACAAUGCAACAUGCAUCAACCUGAUAAACAACUACAGCUGUAAGUGCCCGCCAGGUUACGAAGGUAAAGAUUGUUCCCUGAACAUUGACGAGUGUGAUCCUAUGCCUUGUAUGAACGGUGGUACUUGCGUGGAUGGUAUCAACGAAUUUAUGUGUGUCUGUCAAGAAGGGUUAACAGGAAAGAGAUGCGAACAUAACAUCGAUGACUGCGAAUCGUCACCUUGUCAGCAUGGGGCUCUCUGCAUUGAUGGAUUGAAUAGUUAUACUUGCGACUGCACCGAAACUGGUUACGAAGGAUUUCAUUGUGAGAAUAACAUCGAUGAUUGCAAAGGAAAUCCGUGCUUGAAUGCGGUUGGUUGCAUUGAUCGAAUUAAAGAUUAUGAAUGUGAUUGCUAUAAAGGAUAUACAGGAAAAAAUUGUGACAUAGACAUCAAUGAAUGUGAAAGUAAUCCUUGCCAGUAUAAUGGCACUUGCUUAGAACGUUCUAACAUGACCCUCUACAAUCCAACAAUGGCCUCUCAAUUCGACUUGGUAUUACCAGAUUCGUUCAACAAACCCUUCAAUUAUUCAGAUUCUGCUGGUUAUGAGUGUCUUUGCGUACCAGGCGUCAAUGGGCAGAAUUGCGAAUUCAAUAUUAAUGAAUGCGAAAGCAAUCCUUGCGUUUAUGGAGCAUGUACCGAUAAAAUUGGAGGCUACAUCUGUGAAUGUGAUGCAGGUUAUGAAGGAGUGCAUUGUGAAGAUGACAUCGAUGAAUGUGCCAAGUACACUCCAUGUGUCCAUGGAAACUGCAUCGACAAAAUUGCCAACUACUUUUGUCAAUGUGCAAGUGGAUUUGGAGGAAAAAACUGCUCUGUUGAACUCACUGGGUAA